AGCAGCUCCAGUCUCUACCUUUCCACAGUUCUCACUACAAGCAGUUAAGCAUGUCAGCUCAGAAGAUCAGAGACACUUAACCCAGCUGAUGCCAAAUGACAGAGAAUAAUUAGAAGUAAACAUCACGCAGUACUAAAAAGUGAACCUUAUCCACAGAUCUAUAAAGCAGCAAGAACCAGAGGUGAAAAUAUACAAGAAAGAAAAGACUCUACAUUCUUGUUUACUGAACUACAGUUAUGACAUCAGUUCUGGGGAACAACAGAGCUUCUGGAGGUCCAAGUAGUCAACUAAAAUGCAAGUCCAAAAGGAGGAGGAGAAGAAGAUCAAAGAGGAAAGAAAAAGUAAGCAUAUUGUCAACCUUCAUCACGCCCUUCAAGUAUUUAAGUCCUGGUGCGGCCAAUAUGGAAGAUGAAGACAAUUUAAGUACAAGCAGUGCAGAAGUAAAGGAAAACCGAAAUGUUGGCAACCUGGAGGAUCAUCCGAUAUCCUCUAGUGACAGGUCAAGAGUGGGCACACCUAGCAUUAAAAGGAAAAGACCUUUAGAGGAAGGCAAUAAUGGCCAUUUCUGCAAACUCCAACUCAUCUGGAAGAAAGUCUCGUGGUCAGUGACACCAAAGAAUGCCCUGGUCCAGCUACAUGAACUUAAACCAGGUUUACAAUACAAAAUGGUUUCCCAGACGGGCCCAGUGCAUGCUCCAGUCUUUGCUGUUGCUGUAGAAGUAAAUGGGCUUACAUUUGAAGGUACAGGACCCACGAAAAAGAAGGCCAAAAUGCGAGCUGCAGAACUAGCGCUGAAAUCUUUUGUUCAGUUCCCAAAUGCAUGUCAAGCUCACUUUGCCAUGGGGAACUGUUUUAACCCAUCCACUGACUUUACAUCUGACCAGGCAGACUUUCCAGAUACUCUGUUCAAGGAGUUUGAACCGUCUGCACACAGCGAGGACUUUUCGGUCUAUAACCCGGUUAAUAAUGAAUUGCUUUCUACUGCUUAUCGACAUGGGAGGUUACUCUGCCACACAUUGGAUUUAAUGGGCCACACUAAGCAAAAUAAGCACAAGAUGGUAUCCACAGCUGAGAGCGAAAAGAACCCAGUGGUGUUGCUAAAUGAGCUGCGAUCGGGACUGAGGUACGUCUGCCUUUCGGAGACUGUGGAGAAGCAGCAUAUCAAGAGUUUUGUGAUGGCAGUGAGAGUGGAUGGGAGAACAUUUGAAGGCUCAGGACGUAGCAAGAAGCUGGCAAAAGGCCAAGCAGCACAAGCUGCGCUGCAGGCCCUCUUUAACAUUCGGCUGCCCAGUCACAUUCCCAGCAGGAGUAAAUGUAACCAUUUGCCACAGGAGUUUGCUGAUUCCAUAUAUCAAAUGGUUACACAGAAGUUUCAAGAGUUGACAGACAAUUUCACCUCCAUGCACGCACGCCACAAAACCCUUGCAGGAAUUGUGAUGACCAGAGGCUUGGACAUCAGGCAGGCUCAGGUUAUUGUGCUGUCAUCGGGUACCAAAUGUAUAAACGGAGAAUACAUUAACGAUCAAGGGCGUGUGGUCAACGACUGCCAUGCAGAAAUUCUGGCAAGGAGAGCAUUUGUUCAUUUCCUUUAUUCUCAGCUGGAGCUACACCUAAGCAAACGGCGAGAGGACUGGGAGCGAUCAGUCUUCGUGCGAUUAAAAGAGGGAGGCUACAGGCUGAAAGAAAACAUUCUGUUCCAUCUGUAUGUGAGCACUUCACCCUGCGGAGAUGCACGCCUCAACUCCCCCUACGAAAUCACAACUGACUUGAACAGUACCAAGCACAUAGUAAGAAAGUACCGGGGGCAUCUACGAACGAAGAUUGAGUCUGGAGAAGGAACCAUCCCGGUCCGAUGCCAUAAUGCAGUUCAAACAUGGGACGGUGUGUUGUUGGGAGAGCAGCUAGUCACAAUGUCUUGCACUGACAAAAUUGCCAGAUGGAACGUUCUUGGGUUACAAGGUGCUCUCCUCAGUUACUUCAUCGAACCCACAUACUUGCACAGCAUUAUUGUGGGAAGCCUCUGUCACACUGGUCACCUUUCCAGGGUAAUGAGCCAUAGAAUAGAAGACAUUGGUCAGCUGCCAGCUUCAUACCGGCAUAAUCAGUUGCUCCUCAGUGGAGUGAGUAAUGCUGAGGUACGGCAACCAGGAAAAUCUCCCAGUUUCAGUGUGAACUGGAUAGUGGGUAACACGGACCCCGAAGUGAUUAACGCCACAACAGGAAAGAGGACCUGCGGGGGCUCUUCGCGGCUCUGCAAGCACACGUUUUAUGUUCAGUGGGCAAAGCUUUAUGGAAAGCUGAGCACACGAAUGCCAAGCCAUGGAGACAUGCCAUCAGUGUACAGUGAAGCUAAACUGGUGGCUCAGACGUACCAGGCUGUCAAGCAGCAGCUGUUUAAAGCAUUUCAGAAAGCAGGUCUGGGCACCUGGGUCAAGAAACCCCCAGAGCAAGAUCAGUUUUUACUAACUGUAUAAAUCAUUCAACACCUUUGCUACAUGACCGGAUCAAAUCAACUGGAGAGAAGGAUAGGCAGGAUGUGUGGGCUGAUAAAAUGGAUGCAGUUCAAUAUUUAAUAACAACCUCCAUGAGAAUAUUUUCUUUUAAUUCUGUAUUGGAAAUACAUAAUCAUAAGAUGUGUUUGAUUAAUACACUGAACUUGACUUCAGGAAACUGCUUUUUCAUACUGAUCCCCUUACAUGGAUCUACACGCCCAGAUGAUAAAAUGUUUUUCACAAAGAUGCUGCUGUUCAUUGUUUGUAGUACACAGGAUUAUUAUUUAUCCAAGAAGCAGCUGCAUUUCAGACUUGAGCAGGCCAUGCGUCUGACAUAAAAUACAGUUUAUCCAGGGCUCAAUUUGUAAUGAAAGAGGUGCCAGGGCUCAAGCAAUUAGGUGCCAUGGCUCAAGCAAUUUUUUUUUACUUUCAUAACUGACCCAGCAAGUCCUGAGAUGCCGGGGCUAUGAACUGCCAAGCCUAGAGAUGCUGGGACUCAGUCCUGGCACAAAUUAAACACUGAGUUUAUCUUCCCCCCACACCAUCAGAGCAAUAAUGUUGCUGAAUGAUGGAAGAUACUUUAGUUAGUGAAUACAUGAAAAUACCUUCAUACCCACAGUGUGACAGGGAGUCACAGGACAAGCAUAUACAUUCACAAGGAGUUGCGUGUCCUCUAUGCAAAAAUCGUUUUGUCAGCUGCUUAAUUUUGACUACAGGGAUUCUUUUAAACUGUGUUUCCUGUUUUCAGAUCUGAGCAUAGGACUAGGAGCCAGGAUUUCCUGAUUUCUAAACCUGACUCCUUUUGUGUCCUGCGGCAAAUCACUUAGGGCCAAAUUUUCACCCCUGGUCCUAAGUUUUUGGUGCCUCAUCUUUUGGAAGCCACAAACUAAACAGAAUUAGGGCCUGAUUUUUCAGAGGUGCUGAGUCCCACAAUUCCAGAUGAAGUCAAUGGGAGCUGAGGGUCCUCUGUACCGCUGAAAAAUCAACUAUUGAGUAUCAGAUAUUGGAUACCCACAAAAGCCUCAGAUACCCAAAAUUAGAGACCACUUUUGAAAUUUGGUCAUUCACUGCCUCAAUUUUUCCAUCUGUCAAAUGGGGAUAAUAAUAUUUAUCUGCCCCAUGGGGAGCUUGUGAUAGUAAAUUAUUUAAUUUGGUUGUAAAUCACUGUAUAAGCCAGACUCUGUCACACUUAUGCUGAGUGGUACUUCACUCUGUAGAUAGUCCCACUGAAACCAUACAACGGACAUGACUACUCCCAGAGUAAGGCUCUACGCAAUGUGAGAAAGAUAGGCUUGCCAGUUUUGGUUUGAUGUAUUCCUGGAGGUUUCAUCAUAUGACAUAAUCUUUAAUUAAAGUUUAAUCUUUAAUUCCUAGAGACUCCUAAAGGGUUUUCAGAUUCUGGUCCUAUGUAAGUACUAAAUAGUCUUAUGAAAUUGACCACACAUUCAUUUGCAGUCUGAAAUGCAGAUUGUUUUCAAUUAUAAGACUAGCUUUUAUCUGCUAAAUCAUAUCUUCAAACGGAAGGACUGAGUCUGUUAUUAUUGAUCUAUGAAUCAUUUCACUUCAUCAGAAUGUAAGGGAUAGGAGAUCUAAACUUCCAUAGUCCAACGACAGAACUAACUGUCAGAAACACUGUAUUUUUGUUUGUUUGUUUGUUUUUUUUAAAUGACAGGAUUUGCGGGUAUAUAACAACGUUUCUUUUUAUUCCACUGAUUCUUUUUAAAUCUGUAUAUAACAUGCUGCUACUGAUUUGUGAUAAUUGUCUAGAUAUUUCCUCAGAACAGUCAAGAUGAGUUACUUUUCAAACAAACACAUAGCUCAUAUUUUUUCCAUGUAAUUUCCUUUACACAGGAAACUGUUCCUAUCAAUAAAGGUAGAUGCUCUUUGUAUAGCGUUUAUCAUGUUUGGAGAGCCAUAUACCGUAAAUACAUUGUUUAUUGAUGCCCACAAUAGACUAGCUACAGUAUUUUGAUGAGAUCUUAUUUUUACAUUAUAAACUACGAGAUGUAGCUAUAGUGUCUUGUAUAAAAAUUAUUGUGAUAAAUUAGAAUUUUUAAAUUAGAUAAAGCAGAGCUCUCCCCUUAUGGAAACCUUUCCAAUAAAAUAAUACAUUCCAUAUUAACUACCAAAAAAGUCCUUAGAGUAGAUAUAUUUAAUAACCUGAAGUUGUUUCGAUAAGUUAGGGGCAAGAAGAUAUUUUGUGGUAACCACUUUGUUAAUAUGACCCCUUCCAGGGUUACCCUUAACGUUUCAAAAUAACAUUAAGCUCCUUCUGGAGAUUCCAUCUGCACUUCCAAAUGUCAAACAUUCCCCUGUGUUACCUUCCCAUCUGCCUUUAGCCCUAGCUCCCGCUGCUGUUGAUGGAAGAUGUCCCCAUUGACAUCAAGGAGAGCAGGAUCAGGCCCACAGCCUGCCAGCUUUGUGUUCGUGCAGAGGGAAGCAGUUUUGUGAAGGUAGCAGGGUACAGGUCUGUGUAUUGAAUUACACACACAGCUUGUGGCUGCUCUGUAAGCAGGUAUGAAUGAGGGGAGGGUGGGCAAAGGGAGUCCCCUUGCCCCCAUGCAUGCGCUCCUCCAGGGCUACGCCCCGACAACAAAGGGUGCACUUGAUGAAACAUAGGGUCUGUUCCCUCCUUUAGUCCCAAGGGCCCAAUCCACUCCAAUGGGGGUGGGGCCAUGGCCCUGCCUCAGCAUGGCAUGGGGCUAGUGUGUAGAUGGGAGCAUGCAGCACCCCUUGAAGGUAUCUAGCCCCCGGAGGCCCAGGGAGCUCAGGGAAGAAUUCUAGCAUCCUGAGACAGAAUUGCCCUCCAAGCUCCCCCCAUCCUUUCUCUGAGCUGAGCACAUUUGCACAAUGGAGUCAGUGCACUAGCAGGGUUGAAAUCCGGCCGCCAACAUUUGAAAGGGCCCAGUUCUGUUGAGUCUGACCUCCCCAGCAUGAAGAAUACUGGGGCUCUGUCAUUUAAACUGACCCCCUCCUCAUGAAGGGUACUGGGAACUCCUUCUUAAACUACUGGGUCUCUCUACCUUAACCCAACCUAGCCACAUGAGAGACAGCAAGGCUCCUUCUUAAGCCGCCUGGGUUCAGCCCCAGCACGUUUCCAACCUUAUGGAUGCAUAAGGGCUGCAGGGUCUGGUGUCAGAGCUAACAUGACCACAAACUGAAGGAUCUAGUUAUUUUAAGGAUGAUAAGACAGGCGGGGUGGACUGAUCUAGCCUUUGUUUCAACAAAUAAAUUUUAAAAAUCCUGGAUUCGAUUGCCAGACCUAAUCGAGGCAGUGAGGACCGAGCUUGAACCCUGUUAUAGGUAGGCAUAUGAUAGGUCCAUUGAAGGUAGUAGAGUCGCAGCUGCUUACGCCAGGGUUGAAUCUGGCCCAAGCUGUCUACCGUUCCUCAUUAUAUGCAUCAAUACAGUGUGUACCACAUCCCAGCAGCACAAAUUACCAACAUGCAGCAUUUCCUGAAGCAAAGGAAAACUUUCUCAAUAGUAAUUCUUAAGUGACGAUUAUGUACAUAACACGCAUGAGUGAAUGGCAAUACUGUACUAAUGGAUGUAAAUUUGUAAUAUUUGUAAAAAAAAGACAACAAAAGAAAAUAAAUCUGAAUUUACAUAUGUGAAUUUGCUGCUAAGUUCUGUAAAUUGCACUUCAGUGAUACCUGAUAAGUGAAUGUUUCUGUUAAGUGAAUAAAAUACCGAGUAAAAUUGUUUCUUCA